GUCAUUUAUUUAAUUUUCUCAAUUGUACAAUCUCAUCUAGCCAUGGCGGUCUUGGGAGUUGUUUCUCCACAUAUCGUCCUUUCACUUCCAACCCAAAUUCCUCCUAUUUCUUCACAUAGCCAAUACUAUUUAACAAAGCGUAAAGCUUUGAUAUUUACUUCUUCUAUGCUUUCAUCUUUCAUAAACACAUCUCAUUACUCUCCUGCUACUGCUUUCCAAAUCGAACUGCCUCAACAAGAAGAAGAUACACUUGUUCACCUCUUUCAGGAAACUUCCCCUUCUGUUGUUUUCAUUAAAGACCUUGAGUUGACCAAAGGCUCCAAUGAUUCUACUAAGGUUCUAGCCGACGAUGAGAAUGCAAAAGUGGAAGGGACAGGUUCGGGCUUCAUUUGGGAUAAGUUUGGUCACAUUGUAACCAAUUACCAUGUCAUAGCUAAAUUAGCUACUGAUAACAGCGGACUGCAGCGUUGUAAGGUUUCUUUAGUGAAUGCUAAAGGAGAAACCAUAGUUAAGGAUGCGAAGAUCGUAGGUGUUGAUCCAGCAUAUGAUCUGGCCGUUCUCAAGGUUGAUGUUGAAGGUGAUGAAGUAAAACCAGUCUCUGUUGGUAACUCCCGCGGCCUACGUGUAGGUCAAAGUUGUUUUGCCAUUGGAAAUCCCUAUGGAUUUGAAAACACUCUGACAACUGGGGUAGUUAGUGGAUUAGGCAGGGAAAUACCUGCACCAAAUGGAGCUGCCAUUAAAGGAGCUAUUCAAACAGAUGCUGCUAUUAAUGCAGGGAAUUCAGGUGGCCCGUUGAUUGAUUCAUCUGGUCAUGUAAUUGGUAUAAAUACAGCAACGUUCACCCGCAGAGGCUCAGGUGUGUCCUCAGGGGUUAACUUUGCCAUACCAAUUGACAUAGUUGUACGGACCAUACCUUACCUGAUCGUUUAUGGAACAAGUUACAAAGACAGAUAUUGAAUGUCUACAAUCAGAAUGUUACUUCUUCACUAGAUGAUUUUGCAUGAUCCCUAGAUGAGAUCAAGUUUUAAGUUGCUAGUAGCUGAAAAAAAGUUGUUCGCGAAGGUCAGGCCAAAGCAUAAGGAAGGAAGCUCACUUAUAUGCGAACUCUGAGCUAUAGAUAUUAGUGCUUGUGAUGCAUAUUUUAUCAUGUAGAUAAAUUCUUGUCAAUAAAUAUUCUAUAAUCAAACAUCAACAAUCUUUGAUCUCUUUGAGUGGUACCUCUGAUCCUUAA